AUGAACAACAGCGUUGGGGAUCUGGGUACUGACGCCUGCAGCCCCUGGGAUGACCCUGCUCGUUUCAUCGUGGUGCCGGUAGCCUACGCCUUGGCCCUGGGCCUGGGGCUGCCCGCCAACGUGGCCGCCCUGACAGUGUUCGUCCGCAGCAGUGGCCGCCUAGGUCAGGCCCUGCGUCUCUACCUGCUCAACCUGGCCUUGGCGGACGUGCUCUUCACGCUCACACUGCCACUGUGGCUCACCUACUACCUGGGCCUGGCCCACUGGCCCUUUCCGGAGGCCGCCUGCCGUGCGGCCGGAGCUGCCUAUUAUGUGUCCACCUACGCGGCCGUGGCCUUUGCAGUGCUCAUCAGCGUGUGCCGCUGCGGCUCUGUGCGUGGGCCAGGGCCGAGCGCUGCGGGUCGCCUAGCGCUGCGCCGCCGGGGACCCGCCCGUGCCGCCUGCGCCACCGCCUGGCUGGCUGGCUUGGCCUGCGCGGCACCCUCAGUAGCCGCGCCGCACGCGCUGCUCCCCGGACCAGGCGGCUCAGCUCGCUGCCUUGAGCAUGGCUGGGCGCGCUCUGGCCUGGCCUACGCCACGGUGGCCUUCUUCGCGGCCGCCUUCCUGCUGGUGCUCGCGGCCUAUGUGAGCCUAGUGCGGGCACUCGCGACGCCCUCUGGCCCUGGACCAGCUCCUGCAGGCCCACACAGGCGUGCGGCCAGGACCAUGGUCUUGGGACUCCUACUCGUCUUCGCUCUUUGCCUGGCGCCCUACCACCUGCUGCUGGCACCCUGGAUAGCCGGGCAGGAGAGUGCUGUGGGCGACGACGGUGGCGGGUGUCGCGCAGCCUCCACACUCGACGUUCUGCACACCCUCAGCCUGGCGUUGCUGAGUCUCAACAGCUGCCUGGACCCGCUCAUUUACUGCUUCUCUGUGCGCCGCUUCCGCCAGGAUUGUUGGGCACUGAGCUGCCGCCCGGGACUGGGACACUGCGGCACGCAAGGGGCUUCCUUUGUCUCCACUUAG